AUGGCGGCCUCUGAGGCGGCGGCGGCGGGGUCCGCGGCUCUGGCCUCGGGCGCCCCGACCGUCCCGACGGCCGCGAGGGGAGCCGCCGCCGCCGCCGCCGCCGCCGCCGCCGCCGCCGCCGCCGCCGCCGCCGCCUCGGGCCCGUGGGGGCCCCCCGGACGGCUAAGAGGCAGCCGGCCGCGGCCCGCGGCGGCGAGGCAGCAGCCCGCGGGUCCGGCGCCUCCGGCCCGGGAGCUGAUCCAGCCGUCGGUGAGCGAGCUGUCCCGGGCCGUGCGGACCAACAUCCUGUGCACGGUGCGCGGCUGCGGCAAGAUCCUGCCCAACAGCCCGGCGCUCAACAUGCACCUGGUCAAGAGCCACCGCCUGCAGGAUGGCAUAGUAAAUCCAACAAUAAGAAAAGACUUGAAAACCGUACCGAAAUUCUACUGUUGUCCAAUUGAAGGAUGCCCUAGAGGCCCUGACAGACCAUUUUCUCAAUUUUCUCUCGUAAAACAGCACUUUAUGAAAAUGCAUGCUGAAAAGAAGCAUAAAUGCAGUAAGUGCAGCAAUUCCUACGGCACGGAGUGGGACUUGAAAAGGCAUGCAGAGGAUUGUGGCAAGACCUUCCAGUGCACGUGUGGCUGUCCCUAUGCCAGUAGAACUGCUUUACAGUCCCACAUCUACCGCACUGGCCAUGAGAUCCCAGCAGAGCACAGGGAUCCACCUAGUAAAAAAAGGAAAAUGGAGAGCUGCCUGCACAGCCAAAAGUUGUCCAGUAAGACCACUGAGUCCCUGAGUACCCAACCAGCUACAAAACCAGACACUCAGGAACUGGAAACUUCAGAAAUAAAGCUGGUCGCGUCUUUUGAAGACUCUUGCAGCUCUAAUGCCGGAAAGCAGACUCUUACACCACCUCCAAGAUACCCUCAGAAGUUGCUUUUACCCAAGCCCAAGGUGGCUCUGGUGAAACUUCCUGUUAUGCAGUUUUCUCCCGUGCCUGUCUUCGUGCCUACAGCCGACUCCUCAGCUCAGCCUGUGGUGUUGGGUGUUGAUCAUCAAGGUUCUGCCCCAGGCGCUGUGCACAUACUGCCCUUGUCAGUAGGAACCCUCAUCCUUGGCCUAGAUUCAGAGGCUGCCUGUCUUAAAGAGAGUCUCCCUCUUUCAAAAAUUGUAAGUCCUGUGGCCAUGGAGCCAAUUAGUACAGGUGUUCAAGUGAACUUGGGUAAGAGCCUGUCUGAUCCUUCACAAGAACUAGGGAACACCUGUCAGAAGAACAGCAUAUCUUCCAUCAACGUACAGACGGACCUGUCUUACGCCACACCGCACUUCAUACCUUCCACACAGUGGGCUGGCCCUGAUUCCUCUGUAUCUUCUUGUUCUCAAACAGAUUUGACAUUUGGUUCUCAAGUCUCCCUUCCCAUUAGCGUUCAUACGCAAACGUUUUUGCCCAGUUCUAAGGUGACCUCAUCCAUAGCUGCUCAGACUGAUACAUUUAUAGAUGCCUGUUACCAGUCAGGUGGGAUCUCCAGAGAAACCCAGACCAGUGGAAUGCAUAAUCUGACAGAUGACAGAGUACAGAUGGACCAAGCUGUAAUGGGUGGAGACAUUUUUGAGAGCGUCCAUCCAUCCUAUGGUGUUUCUACAGACAGUAUUAUAAGCAGCAGCUUAGUAGCAGAGACUGUCACUCAUGAUUUGUUACCUCAGAACCACCCUAAGACUUUAAAUCAAGAUCUUGAGAAAUCUGCACCAAUUAUAAACUUCAGUGCACAGCACAGUAUGCUUCCUUCACAGAACAUGACAGAUAAUCAGACCCAAACUAUAGAUUUAUUAAGUGAUUUGGAAAACAUCUUGUCAAGUAAUCUGCCCAGUCAGACACUGGACAAUCGUAGUCUUUUGUCUGACACGAGUACUGGACCUGACCCCCAGCUUCCAUCUGGCCCGACCCAGAAUCCCGCAAUCGAUUUUGAUAUUGAAGAGUUCUUGUCGGCCUCAAAUAUCCAGACUCAAACCGAAGAGAGUGAGCUUAACACCAUGACCACUGAGCCUGUCUUGGAAUCGCUGGACAUAGAAACCCAAACAGACUUCUUCCUUGCAGACACCUCUGCUCAGUCCUAUAGUUGUAGGGGAAAUUCUAACUUUUUAGGCCUUGAAAUGUUUGACACACAGACACAGACAGACUUAAACUUCUUUUUAGACAGUAGCCCCCAUCUGCCUCUGGGAAGUAUUCUGAAACACUCCAGCUUUUCCAUGAGUACUGAUUCAUCUGACACAGAGACCCAAACUGAAGGAAUCUCCGCUGCUAAAAAUAUACCUACUAUAGAGAGCAAAGUUCAGUUGAACAGUACAGAAACACAAACCAUGAAUUCCGGCUUCGAAACCCUGGGGAGCUUGUUCUUCACCAGCAACGAAACUCAAACAGCAAUGGACGACUUUCUUCUGGCCGAUUUGGCCUGGAACACAAUGGAAUCUCAGUUUAGCUCUGUAGAAACCCAGACAUGUGCGGAACUACACACAGUCUCCAACUUCUGAAAAUGAUGUCCGUGCGUGCAACAGCUGUUACAAUUUCCUUCUAGGUUUGGGAAAAUGGGAGAGUGGGACAACAGUGUUAACACUAUUGAAUGUAGUUACUGAUGCAUUUACUUCUAUUCUUGGAGGGUCUUUUGCCUUUUGUACUUGUAAACAUGAAAUUUGUGUAUAAAUGUGAGUGUAUUAUAAAGUGUAAGAUGUUGAUCUAAAAAUAUUGUUUCUUUGUUGCCUACGUUUGCCCUUUCACAGUUAGUCUUCCCAUCUUAAGAACACAAGUGUAUUUCACACCUUUAAAACCCAUCUAGCAAUUAACUGAAGCCAAGCCAAGCUUACCAGGUACUAGGGUAGAUUUUUCAGAUCAUCAAAACAUUUCAGUGGAAAUGUGACUUGCUUAACUUAAAUUGCACCUAAAAUAUUUGAAAGUGCUUGUUAGAAAUCCCUGUUUCCUGAUAUAAAUCUAAAGAAAUUGGAUGCCACACAUCAGAUUUAAGCACCAAUGCUUAGAUGGCAUGGGACUCAUGCUGCAUGCAGCUUCAUCUGCUUUGACAUCUCACUUUUUUCUGACUUGAAGACAAAGGAAAAUGACAGCUGUCUUUAGCUUUUGAGACCGUCUUCGUGUAGUCCAUGCCAUUCUUCCUCUGUAUGACCUAUUGCUGAUACCAACCUAAGUGUACGUACUUUCCUCAUAGGAUGUGUUGCUGUAAAAUUACUGCUUCAUGAAGUAGCAGCAAGCACUUAGUGUAAAUAGUGAUCCUUCUAGUCUACGUAACUGUUCAUUAUCCCAGCUGUGGAAACACUGGGUGUGGAAUUGUGCCCGUUAGCUCAUAAUGCAUUGUGUCUGGGGAACAUCCCUACUGCUCUCCCCUGUAGGCAAGGGUGGUGCUCCACAGCUGCUUCUCAGAGUGUUCCCGUAGGCUGGAUCUGAGUUUUGUCUAAGUGUUUAUUUAAAAAAAAAAAAAAAGGGAAAGAGAAAAGGACAUUCCCCCUAAAUUUCAGUACUUUGUGUAAACUUAAUAGGGCGAGAGUGCAAUCAACAGUUACUCUAAAGUGAAUCUUUUAAUCCACCUCAUAUUAUUUGAAUAAGGAGAAACUUUGGCCUAGCAAGGAUGUUAUUUGUGCCUUGAGGAUAGCAAGUAUAGAACAAAUUCCACCUAAAAUAUGGCAUUCUGCAUUUUGUUGCUUUAUUUGUUUAGACAGCAUUAUCACAGUCUUCAAAGAAUAGGAGGUGAAGACCAGUUACUUCAGUAAUCAAGAACAUCCAUGUUUUUUAGAUGGGAGCAAGUCAAAUAUGCUUUGGAGGUUUUCUGUAUUUAGGAUUGUUGUCCAACUUUCAGUCAAGGAAAAAUCGAUGUAGUCUGUACGUUUUCUAAGUUUAUUUUUAAAAAUUCCUUCUGUGGCACAUGCUUAUGCUGCUGAAGGCUAAGUCCUCAAAAUAAAACCUAAGGAGUGAACUAAUAAAUCAGUAAUAUUACUAAUUCCUAUCCCAUAGAAGAAUAGUUGGUAGUGAAUAACAAAUCCUGGACAGAUGAACCCAACCUGGUAGAUAAGAGUUUGCUUUGGUCACAGUGGCCUAUGAUUAUGGGUUUCAAAACAAACAUAAAGCCUUAACUUAGAAUUUCAUUAUGUUUUAGAAUCGUCACUGCCUUAAUGUUCAAACAUUUAAGUUCUCCUAGUAAAGGAGAAAUGCAUGUUUGUUUAUGGCUUUUUGUAAAUACAAACGCAGUGAUCUUUGGCUUUAAAAAAAAAUUUGUUUCUGUGAAAAUGUUAAUCCAGCCAAUAGAGUUAUUUACAGAAUAGUUGAGCAUGUCAUAGUUCUUCAUGUACAAGUAAGAACUGUUUUUCCUCCCAAAACCUUAGUUCCCUGAAUUGUCCUAAGAUUAUUCGUAAAAACUGAAGUUCAGUGAUUAAAAAGAAGUUGGAAUUCUACCUUUUUUUGUGAAUUCUUUGACGUAAAGUGACCUAUUUUGUUGCCUUGACUUUUCACAAACCCAUCAUCUUCUGAUAAAGGAGAGGUUGUGCCUAGUUAUUUUCAUUACCGUUUUACCUUUGUUCAUGAAAAUAUACUAAUUUCCUACUAGAAGAAAAUGAAAAGACACUCCAUUACUAAACUUUGUAUUUUGAUGUGAAGUUUUUAUUUGGUAGAACUGAUUUUAUUUGAUACACCUUAGUUUUAAGUUUUUGGAGAAUUUCAAAGGAACUUACUCCCAAUUCAUGCAUUUGCCAAAGGUGACCAUUUUAUAAUGGGGUCCCCUUUAUCUUUGUAAAUAAGGUAAUUAUAGCUUAUGAACAAAAAUAAGGUUAGAAUACGAGUAGUUCUUUGCUCAGUCACUAAUUUGCAAAAAGCCCAAUCGGUGUGUUUCUGAUUUCUUGAUACAAAAGAGAAAUAAAAAUAGAAAAAUUUUGUAGACUAACCUGAAAGAUGCUGAGUAAGGUUUGAGGCUAUUUUGACCAGAAGAAAAUAUAUUCGUAUCAGUCCAGUUUUGAAGUUUUAUUAGUAGUGGCAAAUUGACAGGGUGAUACUUUCCUGUAAUCCUUGAUGGCCUCAGUUUUGGAAGGUUUAUCUUAACUCAAGUCCAAACCUCACCAAACCUGCCAUCUAAUAUUGACUCCAAGGACCAUUUAAAUACUCUGCUCUAUUUCAAGCAGUGCUUCUCACUCCGGUCCUCAGGAGGCUCUUAGGAGAAAUGUGUACCUUUGGGCAUUUAGGGACAAAGACUUGAAGUCUCAAGUAUUUAUGUGGUUUUAUUUUCCUUGCAUUUCACAAUAGAUGUACGUGUUCCCAUCAAUAGUACAUUAAAGUGUCGCUGAUCAGAUUCGGCACUUGGAAAGAGCAUGUCGGUUUUCUGGCUUCAUACUCCCAACAUCCAAAAACUGUGUUAAAUGACGGAUUUUCAUCUAGUUUCUUCAACAAGAUGUUAGCUAGUUCUUAUGGCCAAGAAGUUAGUCAAGUAACGCUUCCUUUGCAGUGUUUUGAUUCAAAGGGUUCACAGUUGUGUCAAUAGUAUUGAUGAGCAGACACCCUGAUGUGUCAGCUUACAUAUCAGGAGAGGCAGGCUAAAGAUGAAGGGGAUUCCCAGGUUGUCAGUGUUCUCAAACGAACAAACGUGGCACUACAUUUAAAAACGUGUGUCUUUGAAGGAGGAAAUGCCGGAAAGAUGUGAAUAAAUUCAAGCAUUGUAACACUUGAACUGGAAGAGUACCAAUAUUCGUUCAUUUCUUUCAACAAACUUCAGGAAAGAAUCUCUAAAUUUUGUAUCACCUCACUAAUCAUAAAAUGCACACAUUUGUAACUUUGUUCUAGAUCCACAAAGUCAAAAUAGUGAAGGCUGGCAUAGCAGAAACUCAUUGCCAAGGCCCUGCCACUAACUUUUGGUACUUGACUGUGGAGCAAGUUAAUAUUAUGGGACAGAAUGCUACAAAAAAGAAACAGCCAAGUAUUUUUUAAAAAGUGAUACUCUUUUAGUUUAUCAGUGAAACGGUCAAAUGUGUGAAAAAAAUGAAAUUACCUUUUGAAAAAAAAAUGUAUCUCCAUGGUGACUUUGUUACCUUCAAAAGUAUAUAUGUCAUUUCAAUGUGAGCAAAGUUGUUUGGGUUUUUUUGUUUGUCAUAAAGGCAGGAGCUUAUUAGCAUGGUAUGUGUCAGUAAGACCUUUUUACUGCUAUGCCUGCAGCUUCUCUACUUUGCUUUCUGGUGAUCCACUGCUCUAUCCAUGUCCUUGUUUGGUUUUAUGAUUGCCUCUCAAAGAUGUUGCUGUUUAGGACUGAAUUUGAAGGUCAUCCCCCUUUACCUUUUUCCUGUACUGUAACAAGAAAUUUAGUGACUUCAGAAAAUGUAGAGCUUGUGCUGCAAUAAAAAUGUGGCAGAAGUCAAA